AUGUUUAUCACUACCGGCGGCAAUGUUGCCCCACAGAGUCCCCCCCUGGUCGUCCCCUCGGGCCCGGUUUCCCCCAUCUCUCCGCUCCCCGUGCCCCCGCCAAGCAUCAUCAUCCCUCCGCGCGAGCUCGCGCAGUCCGCCGCGUAUGCCGGCGGAGCUCGCGGAGCGUUUGCGCAGAAGCGCGGCGGGGUAGAGCAGCCGUCGGGGCUUCCGCCGUCGCUUCCGCCGUCGCUCGUUCAUUGGCCGUACGCGACGCACAUGCCCGCCGUGUCCCCGGGUUUCACGCACCUCCCGAAAAGCCACUCCGACGGCAACAACGCGCCGCCCACCGCGUCUCCCGCUACACAGGGGCGGAUGCGCCACGAGAACUGGGGGGAAAUCGGCUCCCCAUGGCAAGGGGAAGGGGGAAGGGGAAUCUCUCCGGGGAUGACUCCGGGCGUGGCGGAAAGCCCAGCGAGCGGCGGAAGCGCGGGGUGGCCGGCGGGCAGUCACGGGAAGGUGACACGUGUCCCAUCGGGUGAAAAUAGACCUAUUCCGGCCGGGCUCGCUGAGGGUGGAAGCAGCAAUCAAGCAAUCCACGUGGACAGUCUCGCUCCUCACAGCGCCUUGCCACGUGUCCCCAUGCCUGUGCAUGGAAGCCUGCUUCUGCCCAUGCAUCACUGCCGGCCGUAUCGCCCACGCCCUCGAUCCUACUUCCACCACCCCUGCUGCGGGCGCCCUGCUCUACUCCCUCCUCUCCUGCUUCCUCUCCUGCCAUGUACGCUCUUCUUCCCCAACAGAUUCUCUGCUUGCUUACUCCUGCUUACUCCUGCUUACUCCUUUGACUCAGGAGUAGCUGCUCUGCUUCCCUCCCUUCUCUCUUCCCCCCUCUCACACGCCUUUUUCUGCCUACUGCCUUCCCACCACAUCCCACCACUUCCCUCGCACCAUCCACCCCCUCAUAUUCUCUCGCGCCUCCCCGCUUUUCCCGACCCUGCCAUUGUGUUCUCUGCGGUGCUGCGCGGCCGAGUGCGACAGCGGUACAGCCUGCCUGAAGCUCCGUUGGGGGGAGUGGAGGACUGCUGCACGCACUGCUGCUGCAACGCAUGCGCGCUCAUGCAGGAAAUGCAGGAGAUGCAGGUGCAUGGAGACAUACCCGCUGUGAAGGUCACACCAGCACCACACAGCGGCACGGAUGGAGAGGGAGGGAACGGUGCAACCGCGAGAAAGCGUGGAAAGGUUGGGGCCGCUCUCAGGGCACCCACUGUUAUCACCAUGUGA